AUGGCCGGAAAAGGUAGUACGUAAUGGCUCCAACAUUAAUGUACUUCCUACGCUUCUGUUAACUGUCACUGAGUACUAUAUAUUCUGUUUCAAAUUGCUGCUUGUUGAAGUACUCUUUUAUUUUGUAUAGUGAAGACAAUGGAUGAAAAGCAUGUUGCUCUGAUCAUGUACCUGCUGAAGACAUGAGGCUAGCUAACCGAGUAACUGUGAGUAAAUACUGAGUAUACUGCUAAACUUUAUCAGUGAGCUGGAGGGGGAAUUGUCUCAACUAGUUAUGUCCAAGAUUGUAGCUUCAUGCAAGCAAUACCCAUCAUACCUUGCGAGCUUAAUGUUUAAGGUUUAUUAAGAUUUCCGAAUUCCGACAGAGACAAUAUCAACAGAAUAUUAUAUCAUGAUAAACGCAUGAUAAAAACCGAACACUGUUUUGUAAACAUAAAAUCAUCUCAAGCCAGGCAAAUUAGCUGCGGAAUCUUUCAGAAAUUUAAUUAGUUAAAAAGCUGUGAUAACACAAUGUCAGACUUGUCAGUCAGAGAAUGGCCUACGAUUUGUCUAGAUUUUAUAUUUUCCCAUACAUCAAGCGGAACUGCAGUUAUCUUCAGAAAAUCUCACAGCCAGAAUUUAAUAUGUGCCAAAAAGUCACACGCGUUGCCUCCAAAACACCGUUUACGCCUAUGCCAUUUUAUAUAUUAAUUUAACAAACCAACCCUUUCCAUACAACUGAACAUAAUCCUCAAGAAAAAAAUUAUUUAAUGAAUUAUAUAUGGAUGUUUCAUUUUUCUGCCAAAUCGAAUCGACAGGUUUAAAAUUUGACAGAAUAGAUUAGUUUCUUUUCCGACGUUUUAUUGUUAGGAAGAGAAUACUCGCUGGUGGCUGUCAUAGCUGGACUGAUCAAUUUUAAAAUCUGAUACCCCCUUUCUUUGACAUUUGAAUGCAAUAUACCAACAACUGUAUACGUCUGGUGAGCGGUUUCGCCUCACUAGUCCACCUAAAACGCUAGUCAGAAGUUAAUGUGUAAAAGAACAAUAUGCGAAGCGGUUUUGUGAAGUCUGUUGGUUCAAAAACAAGCAUAAUUUCGUGUAUUGGACUCGCAUAAUUUGGCGCUUAGAAAAUAAAAGAACAUAGUUAUUAGCGUGGGCCCAAACAAACAAUUCAAUACUUGAUUACCAUGAAAUGACAUGAAUGUAUUAUAAAGCCGUUGUCGAAUUAUAUCAAAGGGUUUUAUUAUAUAACACGAGUCGAGUGCGGUUGACGUUAAAACGGCUGUUCGUUCUACAAGACUGGUCACGGAGGAAGUUUCGGAAGGGAAAAUACAGCUGAAUCAUUUUGGGUAUUUAAUUAUCAUUGACGUUUUAAUUAUAAACACCAUCAUCGUUGGCAUAUUGCUCAACCUGGAUUGAAUCGAUUGAAGCAUUUAAAGACGAUUUAAAGCGAAGUGCCAAGCAGCCAAGUCCAUAGCCAAAUUGUACAACAAUAAAAGGAUAGAUUAUUGGCAAGGAAUUGGUAAGUCUUUAAAAGUUUUGCAUGUUAGCACUAUAAUCAAAUCAAAUUUGAAUAUACGUGUGACACAGCUACAUGACUAUAAAGUUGUCAACAUGCAUUGUUUCGAAUAAUACAAGUUGUGUAAUUGUUUAUGUUUCGAAAUCAAUGGCUCGAUAAGGGCAAGGAUUUAGUUUGAUUGUAUCACGACAACAGUAUUUUGAGUUCAUCUAGUAACGAGACGAAUAUUCGGCACGAUUUAUAUACUAUAGAGACGGAAUUCGUCAAGAUUUUUCACCCGUUUGAAAGAUCUUUUGUGUUUGUGUUAACACAAGCUAAGACAAACUAUAUCCUGAUGAAGUAGCUAGGACAGUGAGUCUUUAUUCUGGUAUCAAUGACAAUGGUUCUGUUUCAGUGGUAGCAAACAAGGCAUAUUUAUUUGUGCUAGUCGUAGCUUGUCUGAUGUUGUUGUAUUUAGACAGCUCAACUAGAAAUAUAGGCUACAUAGUUUAUACUGGCUUCAAGUAUUGCAGCGGUCUGGGAACAAUUAUAUAGUCAUGCCGUACAUUUUGCUCAUAGUUCGCCACUAAUAUGGAACUGGUACAGAUAUGGAUGUAUCAUCCCUCCAUCAUCCGUCCUAGUAAUAGAUGAGAUAUUUAAGGUCGGUACACACUAGGCGGCAAAUAGCUGCAACACAUCGCAGCGACAAAUUUCUUCGUGUGAACAGGAGAAAUUUAAGGUCCAGACACACCGGACACGAUUCGACAACGCGACGCGAUUUUUCGAUAUUCACUGACCGAUAACUUUGAAUUUUCCAAAUAUUUAGAAGCGCUUUAACAUUUUGAGUUAGCGACAAAAUGAGAAAAAUCUCAUUAUCACUCUUUGCACAGUGUAUGUACAUUUUUGCAACAUGUCGUAGCAAGUUCCAGGCCUUAAAAUAUUGGUCGGUCACAGACAUUGUCCAACCCAGUCGUGAAAUUGUCCGACGUAGAGAGGAAACCAACCUCUGUUCGACCUAAGUGAAUAUCACCCCCCCCCCCCAAGAGUUAGGCCCCUGGGCCUGAGUGGCAACAAAAUACAAAGUAACGUCCAGCAUUUUCUCUUUGCGUUUUUGUGCUCUUUGUCAUUCAUGUCAUAUGACCUAUUCCCUAAUGAACAAAAUUUUGAUCUCGACAAGUCUAGACAAACAUUUCAUCACAGCUUGAAAGAGCAUCACAAAAUUAGUAAUAUUCCAAAGGUCGUAGGUUCGAUUCCCACCGUGGCCAGACAUAUAUUUUUCAAGCCUGCCCGGUGUGGAUAUACACUCAGAGUAACAUCACAAGCAUUCCGAAGUUUCGUUGCGAAAUGUUGUAAAAUGCGGAUAAUAUAGCCCUGCGAAGUUUGCCGUUUUUCAGUCAUUUUGUAUUACGCACGGGAAAUUGAUACCUUUUCUCAGAAAGCGGCUAUCAAUUUCUCAUGCGUAAUACAAAAUGACUGAAUGAUAUAAUUGAUAUAUUUGUGACGCGCAUUUCAUCGUCUAAUGCUUGCUAUGUUCCCUGAAAACGACCAACACUGGCAACAAUAUUUAAAUAUUCCAUCGUAGAGUGGCAUUGUAUUGGAUUGGAAAACUUUAUGUAAACAGGUUAGCCUCUUCAGCUGAAAGCUGGUAUUCAUGAGGGACCUGCAUUUAAAUUAUUUUACACAAAUGUAUUUAGUAAUAAGAUCUAAACAUGCAAUUCACACUAUCAAUUACGUAAAUAAUUCCAAAUUAGAGUUUUGAAACUAGAAAGGGUUGUUGCCUCUUUAACUCUAAUAGGCAAUUUAUUAUAUUGUAAAGGUCCAUUAAAUCUGAAUGUUCUCUUACCAAGUUCAAGCUUCAUCUUAAGAAGAUGUAGAUCGUUUUCCUCCUUCUAUUGUGGUCGUAUGGCAUGGUCGUAUUCUCACGUUCUUGACUAAAAUACUCAGCUGUAGUAUAUUGCUACACGUUGAAUUAGUUUAUAUACUACUUUAUAGCUACACAACUUCAACAUUGAAGUUCAAAUUGCAGGUAAAAUCCUCCAACACCCCCCCCCCCAGGGGCGAAACUAGCCCCUUAUAAUUAGGGGGGGGGUCUGCUAGAAUUGCCCUGCGAAAGUCGAUGAUGCCCUGCAGCAAAAAUUUUUUUUGGCCACUAUUUCUCCCAAAAAUGUUGGGCGAAAAAAUUUUUCCUGCAUGAAACCCUUGCAUGAAACCCUUAUUUUUUACCAAUAUCUGUAAAAUUUAGGUCUAUAAAUUCUAUUCAAUUCCCUCUGGAAGCCCUCUGGAAGCCCAUAACAUCAAAAUUUGAACCAUGAAAGUGCAUGAGAGUGGAUGAGAUGCGAGCUUUAUACUGUUGACUUGCAAGAACAGGGGCGCCGGAAGCAAUGUGAAGCGGCGGGGACAGCCAUUUCAAAAGGGCACUUGCUUCUCAGCCAUCAUUUUUCUGGGCGGCAAUAUUUGUUAAAACUUUAUUGUAUGGAUACCCGAUUACUUGUGGCUAUUGUGGGUGGGCAAACUUCGACAUUAAUUUUGAACAAUGUUAUUUGUUGCACCAUGUUAAGGGCGCAAAAUAAAAUCAGUAAAGGGACGUAUAUAUUGCCUGAUUUAGCAUUAAUCAGGGGCCGCGGAACCGGUGGCAAUGAGGGCAUGUGCCUCCCCACUUUUUUAAAAGUGAAAAAAUGCCCUUUUGGGGGGCUAGAAAGAAAGUGCCCUUUUUGCAGUAGUAAAGACUCUGUAAAGGCCAUUUCCGACUUUAUAGGGACUCCAUAUUUUCAGAAAUUUUUCGUUCGGCUCAUGAAGGACAUAAAAUCGUUUGAUUUUGAUAAUAAUUAUACAAAAGUGAUUCCGCGGCCUUUGGCAUUAAUUUUACUAUAACUGGUUAAAAUUAAGCAAAGAUUGCUUGUACAUUGCUUAAAAAUAGUUAUAAAUUCCAAUUCAUGUGAAUAACGCACAAAUUUCGAAGCGCAGUUCUGGUGAAAAAGGGCAACCUGUUUCCCCCGUGCCACCCCCGCACUGUUUCGGCAACGGGGGCAGUUGCCCCCGGUGCCCCUCCCCCGUGGCUCCGGCGCCCCUGUGCAAGAAUACUCGUUAGGAUGAUCAAGUUAAUUUAAACCAGCGGGCAGCAGUAAUAUAAUAAUAAUGAUUUGCAAGUAAAGUCUCAGACUCAGCAAUAAUUAAUAUAUUCUCUAGGACUGACUGUUCGGUAUACCGAUAUACCGAAAAUAUCUGUAUUAAAUCAAUAUCGGUAUAUCGUUACCGGAUAUUCAACCGUACCGAUUUACCGAAAUUUCGGAUAUAGCGGAAUUUUUCGGUAUAUCGUGUUAAAUUUACCGACUAUAUGGUGAAACCAUAACCUUUAUUUUACUAUACUGAAUGGCAAUUCAAAGAACUUUCUACUGCAAUGAUUUAGAAUUUCCACUUCAGUGAGAUUUUACACUGAGUACGUGCAUGUCGUUCGAAAAAUAUCGUUUUCCCUUUUAGAAUUACUCAAAAUUUCCUUCAAACUUCCAUUAAAGAAGUUUCCUUUAUAAUUAUCAAAGGAAAACCGGUAUACCGAUAAUUUCGGUAUAAUUUUUUCGGUAUAACCGAUACCGGAAAUUUCUCAUACCGAACAUUCCUAAUAUUCUCAUCAUUUUAAAGUGAACGUGGCUUACAUUUGCCAGUGGCAAUAUAUUCAUCUUAAAACAAAUAAACAAAUUAUAUUUGGAUAAUUGAGUUGUUAGCUACAUCUGUCACGCUCAGAAAUGAGAAUUCUCAAAAUUUGGGGCAAUAUUGGAGUUUUGAGACGCCGACUUGAAAACCCCCGAAAAUCACUGGACAUGUUGGCCAUUAUUAUAUCCAUUCCCCAGGGAUAGAGCUGGACCUAAAUAGGGGGGAGGAAGUAAGCCGAAGAAUAAAUACGGUAAAAGGUUCAUCAAUUAUAAUGGAGCCGCACAUUGAAAUAAUCUUCCCUAUAAAUGAGGGAAAAAUGACACUGUGUACUUAAGUUCUUUUAAAACGAUUUUAAAACAAAGCAUGAUUUGAAACUCCGCAUGGCUCGCCAAUUUCAAUUUUGAAUGAAUUAAUAAUGUCUUGUUUUUUUUUCUGUUCUGACUACCCUAAUGACUUGUAAUCUUUUUCCAGUAUCUUGUAUCGUACUGCAUGUAUCAUGGAAAUCAGCUGAACGAAUUGUUGAGACUAGGGUGUUUUAAAUAAAGUCUGUGGACUGUAUGUAUGUCUCGCUAAAUAUAGAAAUGAAAAUAAUUGGAUAACUGUGGUCGAUACAAGUCAUUUUCUCUUUGCAUGUACUGCUGAGUUCCAAGAAGGGGCCGGUUUCGUUAUCAUUAAUGAAGAUGCAAAAAUGUGGUUUAAAACCACAACCUCAUAUUUGAAAGCAUCAAGUUCAAAAUGCAAAGUUAAAAAGAGCACUGGCAGUUCUAAUAUCCAGUUCACAACAUACGCAGUGUCAACUGAUGUCUGUGACAAAUGAAUAAGGACCAGGUAUAUUAUUUCUGUUUGUAUGUAAUAUGUUCGGAUUUAAACGGUCAAACGAGGGCGUUGAUGGGAGUUGCACUAUAUUCGCUCGUGUUUGACCGCCGACUAUUAUAAACUCUUAUCAACUUUGAAGCCGUUCAAACUUUGAUGAGAGUUGAUUUGAUUAUGAGAGGUUUCGCUAUACGCGCGGUAAUAUCCACUCAACUCUCAUGCAACUCUUGUUCUCGUUUGACCGGGGCAUAAGAGGUACGUAAAAUUAUCAUGCAAACUCUCGCUUCUCAACUCUCAUGCAACUCUUGUUCUCGUUUGACCGGGGCAUAAGAGUUACGAAAAAUAUCAUGCAAACUCUCGCUUCUCAACUCUCAUGCAACUCUUGUUCUCGUUUGACCGGGGCAUAAGAGGUACGAAAAUUAUCACGCAAACUCUCGCUUCUCAACUCUCCGCAUCAACUCUCAUACAGCUAACCGAUCGGUACGAACAGUGAGCUCUAUAGCUGGAGUCUGGAGACUCGAGUCCAAGCAGUGAGCUCCACAGGCAGUGAGCUUUGAAUUUGUACUCGAGUAAAAGUAGAAGUAAUUAACAAUAAACGACUUGAGUAAGAGUAAAAAGUACUGGAGGCAAAACGUACUGAAGUAAAAAGUACAAAGUAUCCUUAAAAAAUACUUGAAGGUACAAAGUAAAAGUACUAUUGUAUAUAGCAUGUAAGGCAGGGGGGGGGGGGAUUUCUCCAAUGGAUUGACAUACAAAAGACACAAAACAGCACACGCAUUAUAUGCGUGCACCUAAUAUACAAUAUUUCACGGCAUGGUUUACUUUCCAUACCCUGUUGAAGAUAUAAGAAGUCCAUUAAAUAAAUAAUGCUUAUAAGUAAGCCACAAACGAGAGAUCCCAGACGCAUGUAGAGGUCCUAUUACCUAUCCCAAAAUUAAAAUAAAUCCCGGAUAAAUCACGUAAAAUUAAACAAAAGUCAGAAAGUUACGCCACAAAAUGAAAAUAACGAAGUAAAACGUUACUUCCUAAAACGACUUCGUUCCAAGUAAAAGUACUCCAGAAAAAGUUUACUUGUCGACUUCUCAAAAAUAGUACUCAAGUACAGUAAAGCCCUGUGCAAACUAGGAAACAUUGUUGAGGAAACAUUGUUUCCUACCAAUGUUUCGCCAUGUUUCCCAGAGUGGGCAAACACUAGGAAACAUUAGUGAGAAACAUAGGGAAACAUCAAAUGUUUCUGAAGUUGGUAGGAAACAUUUUUGCUUCCCGGGAAGCAAAUUUUGUUUCCGCAACAAUGUUUCCACGGGUGGGCAAACAUGGAAACAUUUGAGGAAACAUCGAGAAUCACAAAUGUUUCCGCAACAAUGUUUCCUAGUUUGCCCUUACAAAAAAUAUAAAGUUACUUUCGUUUUGUACAUAUUCGGGGAGUCCGAGCCCCUGCAGUUCCUCGAAACAGUCUCUUUCUCAAUACUAAUCAAUUUCUACUCUGGAACAGCCCUGGGCUUAACGAAGUACAUAUAAUUUUUUUUCUGUGUUCGUGUGGUGUACUCAGGUGAAUAUGAUGUUUGUGAUGUUACUCUGAGUGUAUAUAUCCACUGGAGCGAGAACUUCAGUCAUUCGGCUUAUGAGAAAAGUGAAACCAAGAUAAACAGGAUACAAAACAAGUGUAACUCCAAAGAUCGAUAACAUUUCUAUAUUUAUACACUUGUUUUGUAGUUUAUUACACUUGUUUUGUAUUUUGUUAAAAUACUCAGUGGUUUUAAAAAUUUCAAGAUAAACAGCUUUUACACCAUUUUCCCCAGCCAUAAUUCCAGUUUUUCUAACGGACCGUAUCGCCACAGAAUAGGAAGGUAUAGCAGAAGUGUAACUCAAGCAAGUAUUUGUCCGCGUUUUUAGAAGCAAUUCGUCAUCAAUCACGCCAUCCUGGCUAGUACAACCGGCACUUUGUACCUACCAUAACCUGAUAAAAACUUCCGGUUGUACCAGCCAGGAUGGGGUGAGCGAGUUAAAAUUUUCGUGGUCGUAAACAAUGAAGGAACCGACUCAAGUUACACUUCUGCUAUACCUUCCUAUUCUGUGGUAUCGCUAACUAAGUUAUCAGUUCAUAAAACCAUAGUGUUAUUCUUUAAAUCGAUGUCAAAAUACGAAAUUUCGGCACACUUCUUGCCAAGAUAGAAGAAAUUGAAGGAGCUAUUGGACGUCGGUUCCAUUCUCUUGCUAUUGUGUUUGUCUGCGCCGUUAACACGAAGCUGGGUCACUUUCGGGACUCGACAUGCAUACUUGUUAAAACAUGAGCAGCCGAUCUUUUUCUGAUAUACGAACUCGAGCCAAAGGCGAGAGUUUGUAUAUCAGAUAAAGAUCGGUUGCGAAUGUUCUAACGUGCUUAAAAAACGACCCAUCUUAUGAGUUCAUUGGCGAAGUAAUUUUAAAAUGAUAAACAUUGUCUAAGCCGAGAAAAUCAAAGCUUAAGUUUAUGUAAAUCAGGACAAAUCUUUACCCGAUUUACAAACAUGAUUAAACAUUCAUUUCUUUUGAAUUUUCCUCGUGAAUUAUUAAAGAAUUUUUUAAAUGUUGAUAGAAUAAUUUUGCCCAGCUAAAAUACUCAACUUCUGCGAAAUAACAGUUCUCUGAGAAGCCAAUUAGGAUCUCUCUCUUUAGUCGUCUAAUCCAGAGCCUAAUUUUCAACGAGUGACCGAGUGAAAUUUAGUGUGAAAAUGGCUCUGGGGACGAGAAUGAUCAAGAAACGAAAUACGCGUUGUCCACACAACGCAAAAUUCUGAUUGGUUGAUACAGUUAAUAUAGUUAACUUAUAUGUAUUGUUUUUCAAAGCCAACCGUCAAAUUAUAUCAUAUUUAUGAUAUUAAUUUAAUUCUCGUAGUAUUUUUACUCAUGCGCCUGUAUUCUAAAAGCACACUCACACUCAAUGAGUGGAGGUUCAAUCUGAGCUUCCCUUCAGUGUCAAUGCUGUUGUUGAAUAGCUGGAGGGCUAGUGUCAUGCCUUACUAUGCGACUACUCACCCUCCAGCUAUUCAAAACCAGUAUUGACACUCAAGGGAAGCUCAGAUUGAACCUCCACUCAUUGAGUGUGAGUGAGCUUUUAGAAUACAGGUGAUACUGUCUGAAAGCGUUUAGUAUGUUAUUUCGAGCGAAUACAGUUUAAUGUAAAUUGUAAUACUAUGUAUUUUUGCUUGCAAAACGUAAACGCAUUUGAAUUUUUACUUUUAAAACAAUACGAUAUGCGUCUAUACAUCAAUAUAACAAUAUACAAUAAAGAAUUACUUGUUUAUAACGCCAAAAUAAUUAUAUUGGAGCGAAGGCAGUAAGGGGCGGUGCGAAAAGUGGGCGUAUUUCGUUUCGUGAUGUGUUGUCUGCAGUCCCUCCUUUCCUUCCAAAGAGGGACUGCUCGCAGUCUAGGUUUAACAUAGUUCGUUCUUUAACAUAGUUCGUUCUUUAACAUAGUUCGUUCUUCUUAUGAUCAAGAUUGAAAGCAUUUCUUGUGUUGUAAUUGUGAAUAUCGCUAUUGUUUACAAAACAAAUUGUUAAAUGUCCCUUGUACUUGUGCUGUAAUGUGUGGUAGUGGAACAUGAAUAUUAGUAUUUUCAAAUUUUGAAACAUUGGUUCAGUGACAGUGUGGUCGAAUUUUGAUUUAAAUGACAUUAAGCGGACAAUUUCUUUUGUAAUAUACUUAUUAAUUUCUGAAUCCGUGUUUUGUUAGUAUUUCCCCAUAUACAAAUUUACCAUAUGUCAAAUAGUUUGUCUUAAUAGUUUGUUUUUUGAAAUAAUCUGUCAGACAGAUGCCGCCUACAUGACGGAUCGUUCAUCUUUUGUACCGGUAUAUAAAUCCUGCCAAUAACGUAUCGGUCAAAGUUAAUAAGAACUUAAGAGUUAAGUUAAGUAGCUUCAUAUUAACAUACUUCAGACAUACUUUAGUUACUUCCUCUAUCUAUUAAAGGAGCUAUCCUUAUAUGGAAUGCUCGCUCUUGAGAGAAGACUGCCUAAGUUAUGCCAACACCUUGUAAACAACGGGUUUUUAUACAGUAAAUAUCAAUAGAUUACUAAGGUUAACCAAAAUGUGUUGACUCAGCCAAACUCUGUUUGAAUGUUAUUAGGAAGUAUGGCCACAACCUCAAAUGGGACACAGGCCGAUAAGGAUCAAGAAAUCUCCGAAGACAAUGAGGAAAAUUUAAUGAAAGCCAACGAUGAUAACGGUGUAAUUAAAGGGAGCGAACUGAACGAAGUGUCUCAAAGAUCUAAAUCAACGAUCAGUAUCACGUUAAACAACAUCAAGGAACAUGUCAUGAGCACAAAACCAAAGAAACGAAGACUUUUAGGAAAGCGAGGCGCGCUCAAAGUUAAGGCUUACAACACAGACAAGGGUGGCUUGUACUUCUCAGACUUAUUUACGACUCUGGUUGACGCGGAUUGGAAAUGGAUUAUUGUAUUUUUUGCUUCGUCUUUCGUCGCAUCGUGGUUGAUGUUUGCUUUGCUUUGGUUUGCGGUGGCUAAAUCUAGAGACCCAUAUGAAUGUUUGGACAAUGUCGAUUCCUUCCCGAGUGCAUUGCUACUGUCAAUCGAAACGCAAACAACAAUAGGGUAUGGAGGAAGGGCAGUCACCCCUUCUUGCCCUGACGCCAUUAUUAUUCUAAUAGCCCAAUCUCUGAUAGGACUUCUCAUGUCAGCCUUUCUACUCGGGUUAGUCUUCACAAAACUAGCCCGGCCAAGCUGCAGGGCCGACACUCUGCUCUUCUCUAAACAUUCUGUAGUAGCACCCCGAGACGGGAAACUUUGUCUGAUGUUCAGAGUCGGAGAUAUUCGUGAUUCGCGAAUCCUUGACGCCGAAAUCCGAGUGCAACUGUUUCGUACCCGAUGCACGGCCGAAGGCCAAGAUAUUCCUUUCUAUCAACAGGACUUGAAAUGCGGUAUUGACUGGAGUGAUAAAGGUUCUGGGAACAACAGCUUGUUUUUGAUAUUACCAUUGACUAUUGUGCAUGUUAUUGAUGAAGAUAGUCCUUUUUACGAGAUGGGACCGGAAGACUUUAACACGUCUGCAGAUUUUGAGGUUGUGGCAAUUCUCUCAGGAACCAUAGAGUCGACCAGCAUGCUUGUGGAAGCACGAACUUCCUACCUGGGGGAUGAAAUAUUCUGGGGACGCGAUUUUGCACAAGUUUUACACGAGAAAUGCUGGGACCCACACCAAGGAAAGUACUUGGUGGAUUUUUCGCUGUUUCAUGCUACAAUACCAGUACAGCUUCCUCAAGUUCCUGCGAAAGAGUUUUAUAAGAAGAAUCAAGAGGACGAUGAGGUUCACAGAAUUAUUAAAACAGCUCGUACGGCAAGUAGGAGGAUUAUAUCUCGCAAUGCGCAACAGGAAGGACUGGUGAAGAGAUAUACUGAACUGUGGAAGCGAAAGUUCACGGCUAUUCCAGAAGACUAA